GGGACCUGGUUUUGAUUGAAUCACCUGCGCAGUUUAUUAUAGAUAAUCUUGCACAGCGAAUGAAAAUUUACAAACAGAUUCAAAUUUAAAUCAUGUAAGCAUAUAAGAACGAGUUCUGGAACCUUAUCUAGUACGAGCGUGCAAUGGUCGCGCCCCUAGAGAAUACAGGUAUUCAGACGGCGAAGUAUUGCAAUGUGGCCGGUCUGGGACUUUUGAUUUUUGACUAUUUCUUAACGCUCGAACCUGAAAUCCGAUGGACAUGGAACAGACGCUGGAACGUCACUCGUAUUCUUUUUGUAAUUUCACGUUACAUGGCCUUUGUAGCAGCUGUCAUGACUUCAUACGCUGUCCUUGCUACACGAGCGAACGAGAAUUGCUCGGACUUCAGCAGGGCUUCAAAUGCAAUUCAUAUCAUCAGUAUUAUAGCUGCUGAAGGUCUUCUGAUCAUUCGUACAUAUGCGUUCUGGAAACAGAGCAAAAAGCUUUUGGCAGUCUUACUGGUCUUGGCAGCAAUUUGCAUUGGGUGUGGUGUCGGUCUCACAGAUUUUGUCGGUGGCCUACUAGCGGUGCCCGUAAACCCUUCAGCUCCCCCCACAAGCAACUGCACUUUUCAAGCGGGUCGGAGCAGUGCCAUUCAAUAUGGCUUUCUCGCGGCCUACGAAAUAUUGCUGUUGUCUUUAAUGGUGUUCAAAAGAUAUAAGGACUACAGAGAUUCUAACAGUCGUCUGGUGGGAGCAGUCUUCCAGGGCGGAGUGUGGUAUCUGACUCCCAUCAUCGCUGUUUCUGUGGGCAAUGCACUAAUUACAGUUCUGGUGCCGCAAUCAUAUAACGAGAUGCUGGACUUACCACAACUUGUCCUCCACAGUAUGUUGGCGUCCCGUGUGCUGUUCAGCCUGCGUGAAUGUGAUGAGGAAAACGAGGAAAUGGAUGGGACAACAUUACAGAUGUCGACAUUUCGUCCACUUUAGUACAAUAAAAGGCAUAUCUCACUUGGACUUGGUUGAUUAUCCUACAGUCACAGUGGCCGUAUGCCCAGUAAGAACAUAUACGCAGUAUAACACAGAUCUCGCCUAUCAAGGGCAACCAAACUGCAGGAGACUGUCAUGAAGCAUUAUCAUCUGUCGUUCCAUCUGA